UAGCUGGUGGAAGAGGAGUUAAGAGUACUAGAAGUAUGGCAGCAGUCACUUCAAAAGAGAGUCCAGAAAGUACUAUUACUACUGUAGCUGGUGGAAGAGGAGUUAAGAGUACUAGAAGUACAGCAACAGUCACUUCAAAAGAGAGUCCAGAAAGUACUAUUACUACUGUAGCUGGUGGAAGAGGAGUUAAGAGUACUAGAAGUACGGCAGCAGUCACUUCAAAAGAGAGUCCAGAAAGUACUAUUACUACUGUAGCUGGUGGAAGAGGAGUUAAGAGUACUAGAAGUACGGCAGCAGUCACUUCAAAAGAAAGUCCAGAAAGUACUAUUACUGUAGCUGGUGGAAGAGGAGUUAAGAGUACUAGAAGUGAAUAUGCAUGUACGGCAGCAGUCACUUCAAAAGAGAGUCCAGAAAGUACUAUUACUGUAGCUGGUGGAAGAGGAGUUAAGAGUACUAGAAGUACGGCAGCAGUCACUUCAAAAGAGAGUCCAGAAAGUACUAUUACUACUGUAGCUGGUGGACGAGGAGUUAAGAGUACUAGAAGUACAGCAGGAAAUAAAGACAUUUUAUACGAAAGUGAUUAUUUUUAAUAAGUUUAUAUAUGUAUUUUUUAUAACUAAUAGGUUU